AUGUCCCUGCUUGCGCCAGAAAUCCACGCUGCCCUUGCGCAGCUGUUGCAGGCUUUGAGCACACCUGACAAUGCGGUUCGAUCGCAGGCAGAGGAGCAGCUCAACAGUGACUGGGUUCAGAACCGUCCAGAUGUCCUGCUCAUGGGCCUAGCGGAGCAGCUGCAAGGUGCAGAAAAUACCGUCACAAGAUCUUUUUCUGCGGUCCUUUUUCGCCGAAUAGCCACCAAGACCAUCAAAGACCCCCGCAGCGGUGAGACCAAGGAAGUCUUCUCGACCUUGACACCCGAGCAACGCAUUGCAAUUCGGGAGAAGCUUGUUGCUUGCCUGAGCAGUGAGACGCUGGCUGAUGUUCGCAAUAAAAUUGGAGAUGCGAUUGCCGAGGUCGCCCGCCAGUACACAGAUAACGUAUGCUUGUCAGGCGAGUCAUGGCCGGAACUUUUGGGAGUGCUGUUUCAAGCCAGCCAGUCCCCCGAGGCGGGAUUACGCGAGGCGGCAUUCAGAAUUUUUACUACAACACCAAGCAUAAUUGAAAAACAGCAUGAGGAUGCUGUCUUGAAUGUUUUCAGCAGGGGCUUCAAGGAUGAUAAUAUUGCAGUCCGAAUCGCUGCAAUGGAAGCCUUUUCUGCUCUAUUCCGCUCCAUUCCAAAGAAGUCACAGUCCAACUUUUUCGCUCUUGUUCCAGAUGUCUUGAAUAUCCUACCUCCGCUCAAAGAGGCGGAUGAUAGUGACGAACUGUCCAAGGCCUUUAUAGCGCUGAUUGAGUUGGCUGAAAUUUCUCCAAAAAUGUUCAAAAGCCUUUUCAACAAUCUUGUCAAAUUCAGCAUAAGCGUCGUCGCAGAGAAGGAUCUUAGUGAUCAAGUCCGACAGAAUGCGCUUGAGCUUAUGGCAACAUUUGCAGAUUACGCCCCAAACAUGUGCAGGAAAGACCCGACUUUUGCCACGGAAAUGGUCACUCAAUGUCUCAGCCUGAUGACAGAUGUUGGUGCCGAUGAUGAUGAUGCGUCCGAAUGGAAUGCGUCUGAAGAUCUUGAUCUUGAAGAAAGCGAUUUGAAUCACGUCGCUGGUGAGCAAACGAUGGAUCGAUUGGCGAACAAGCUUGGCGGCGAAAUUAUCCUCCCUGCUACCUUUGCUUGGAUUCCGCGCAUGAUGUCGUCGUCAGCUUGGAGAGAUCGACACGCCGCUCUGAUGGCUAUCUCUGCUAUUUCCGAGGGUUGCCGCGACCUAAUGAUCAGUGAAUUGGACCAUGUACUUGCUCUUGUCGUCCCUGCGCUACAGGAUCCUCACCCGCGUGUGCGCUACGCCGGUUGCAACGCCCUUGGUCAGAUGAGUACCGAUUUUGCUGGUACCAUGCAGGAGAAAUACCAUGCAGUUGUCUUGAACAAUAUUAUCCCCGUUCUUGAUUCGCAGGAACCUCGUGUCCAGGCCCAUGCUGCCGCUGCCCUGGUUAACUUUUGCGAGGAGGCAGAGCAGAAAGUUCUCGAACCCUACCUUGGAGAACUACUUCAACACUUGCUCCAACUUCUUCGCGGAGAUAAACGAUUUGUACAGGAACAGGCUCUUUCUACAAUUGCUACUAUAGCGGAUUCCGCCGAGGCUGCUUUCGGUCAAUACUACGAGACAUUGAUGCCCUUGCUUUUCAAGGUGCUGCAGGAAGAGCAAUCCAAGGAGUACCGCCUAUUACGCGCAAAGGCGAUGGAAUGUGCCACUUUGAUUGCUCUGGCCGUUGGAAAGGAGAAGAUGGGACAGGACGCCAUGAACUUGGUGAACCUCCUCGGAACUAUCCAACAGAAUAUCACGGACACGGAUGACCCGCAGUCUCAAUAUCUGCUCCACUGCUGGGGCCGUAUGUGCCGCGUUCUCGGCCAAGACUUUGUGCCUUUCCUUGCCGCAGUCAUUCCUCCACUUCUCACUGUUGCCGCCGCUAAGGCUGACAUACAAUUGUUAGAAGACGAGGAUCAGGUUGACCUUGUUGAUCAAGACGAGGGGUGGGAACUUGUUCCGUUGAAGGGCAAACUCAUUGGUAUCAAAACCAGUGUUCUGGAAGAUAAGAACACCGCCAUUGAGCUUCUUACUGUCUACGCUCAGAUCUUAGAGGCUUCAUUUGAGCCGUACGUCGUUCAGACGCUGGAGAAGGUUGCCAUUCCCGGAUUGGCCUUCUUCUUCCACGACCCCGUGCGAGUGUCCUCUGCCAAGCUAGUUCCUCACCUGCUCAACUCGUACAAAAAGGCACAUGGUGUCCAGUCACCUGGAUUUGCCGAGAUCUGGAACAAGGUGGCAGGCAGAAUCAUUGAAGUUCUCAGCGCUGAACCCAAUAUCGAUACUCUUGCGGAAAUGUUUCAAUGCUUCUAUGAAUCAGUGGAGGUAGUCGGCAAGAAUUGCUUGACCCAAGAGCACAUGCAAGCAUUCAUUGAAUCUGUUCAAUCGUCACUGGAAGAUUAUCAGUCCCGAGUUAAGACGCGUGCCGAAGAGCAAGCCGAGGCAGACGACAAUGAUGAAGACAACUUGUCGAUUGCUUAUGCAAUUGAAGACGAUCAGACUCUUCUCAGCGAUAUGAACAAGGCUUUCCACGCUGUUUUCAAGAACCAAGGAUCAAGUUUCUUGCCAACGUGGCAACGCCUGUUGCCGAUUUAUGAUGCUUUCAUCAACAGCAACGAUGCUACACAGCGCCAGUGGGCAACCUGCAUUAUGGAUGAUGUGCUUGAGUUCUGUGGUCCAGAAUCCUGGGCCUUCAAGGACCAUAUUUUACAACCUCUCGCCAAUGGACUGCAAGAUUCCAAUGGACCCAAUAGGCAAGCUGCUUCAUACGGUGUUGGUGUUGCUGCUCAGAAAGGUGGCCCAGCUUUCGCCGAGUUUGUGGCUGCCUGUAUUCCAAGUUUGUUCCAAGUAACACAGCAUCCACACGCUAGGGCAGAGGAACAUGUGUUUGCAACGGAGAAUGCUUCGGCCAGUAUUGCAAAGAUUAUACGAUUCAACGCCGGAAAGGUCCAGAACCCACAGGAGGUUGUGGACAACUGGAUAAACACGCUGCCAAUUACCAAUGACGAAGAGGCUGCUCCAUAUGCAUACUCUUUCCUAGCCGAGCUGAUCGAACAGCAAAAUCCGGCCGUUCUCUCAAACGCCGACAAGGUAUUUGGAUACAUUGUUCAGGCUCUAGACAACGAAACACUUCAAGGUGAAACCGCGAAGAGGGUUGCCGAUUUCGGGAAACGAUUAGUUCAAGCAACAGGCGUGAAUGCAGAGGCAAUUCUGGCUGGUGUCAACCCAGACAACCAGGAGACGGUGCGGAAAUAUUUCCAAUGA